UGUUCUUCAAUUUCAAGCGGCGUCAUCCGCGAGGGCAUUAUGCAAGAUUGCAUCAAACUAUGAUUUUGGAAAAGGAACCACCAUCACCACCCCGACAGAAGCCGCCGUUGAUUUACAUUUCAUUCGAUAACGAUAUGACCAGCAAUGGCAAUGACGAAGUGAAUCAACAAAAUAAAUCUCCGAACGGUGUUUCGCAAAAGAAAUGUGGUGGUUCUAUGCAAAGUCUGUGCACACUUAGAAAAUCAAAUCGAAACAAUAAAGCUAAUAUGGGCUUAAAACGACGUAACGUUGAUCCAGUGGUCGCUGGCAUACCAAAGAAAAAAUUGAAAGCAAACAAUGGCGUAACAUGUGCGCAACAGCCAAAAAACACGGUGGCUAUGCUCAACGAAUUACGACAAGGUCUUGUUUAUAAUUUAGAAGCACAAACUGGCCCAGUUCAUGCACCCAUCUUUACAAUGACUGUUGAGGUUGACGGCGAAAAGUACGUCGGUCAAGGAAGAAGUAAAAAAUUGGCACGAAUACAAGCAGCCGAAGCAGCGCUAAGGAGCUUCAUUCAAUUCAAAGAUGGUACAGCUUUAUCACCUGUCAAAUCUGCCAACACUAUGGACUUUACCAGUGAUGAUCACAUGGAUAAUAAUGAUACAAACAAAGCAGCGGCCAAUAAAAAACAAACGCCUGAAAAAGGCCCAGUCAUGCUACUUUACGAACUAUUCAACGAUGUGCAAAUCGAUUGUGUUUCAUCGGACGGUGUUCAACAUUCACGUUUUAAGAUGGUGGCCACUGUAAAUAAUCAGAAAUUUGAAGGAACCGGUCCGUCGAAAAAGCUGGCAAAGAAUGCAGCUGCCAAAGCAGCCUUAGCAACGUUAUGUGAUAUUUCGUACAGUCCCAUGCAAAUGAAGUCUACGGAAACUGCACCAGUCGAAAGCAAUAAGAAGCAAUCAUAUGAAUUGCCUCAAACGUUCGCAGAUGGCAUUGGAAAAUUGGUGUUGGAGCAGUUUGCCGAGGCGACCGUCAAUAUUGAGAAUUAUAGCCGACGAAAAGUGUUGGCUGGAAUUGUGAUGACCGAGAAUCUCGAUUUAAAAACAGCAAAAGUGAUAGCAGUCACUACAGGUACCAAGUGUAUCAAUGGUGAAUACAUGAGCAUCAGUGGAACUAGUUUGAAUGAUUCGCAUGCUGAAAUUGUAGCCAGACGGUGUCUGAUGGAUUUUUGCUACAGUCAAUUAGAAUUGCAUACAAAUGCAAGUAAGUAUUCAACGUUCGAUUUUGUCUCAAAUAGAAAAAAAAUCACAUUCUCUCAUUUUGCAGGUACCGCAAAGGAUUCAAUUUUUGUGAGACCAUCACAGCCUGAUCAAUUGUACAAAUUACGUGAUGGAAUUAAGUUUCAUCUGUUUAUUAACACUGCACCCUGUGGAGAUGCUCGCAUAUUUUCACCGCAUGAAACUGAAAUCGGCGUCGACAAGCAUCCAAAUAGAAAAGCACGUGGUCAACUUCGCACAAAAAUUGAAUCGGGCGAAGGGACUAUACCGGUUAAAAGCAGCGACGGUAUACAAACAUGGGAUGGUGUAAUGCAAGGUCAACGACUGUUAACGAUGUCAUGCUCUGAUAAAAUAGCAAGAUGGAAUGUGGUUGGUGUGCAAGGUGCAUUGCUCUCAUCAAUCGUUCAGCCAAUUUAUUUGUAUUCGGUUGUGUUGGGUAGUUUAUUGCAUCCGGAUCAUAUGUAUCGUGCCGUAUGCGGUCGUAUUGAAACAUCAAUUCAAGGUCUUCCGCCGCCAUAUUUUUUGAACAAGCCGAAAUUUGCUCUGGUUACAUCGACUGAAACGCGAAAUCAAAUAAAAGCUCCAAACUUCGGCAUCAACUGGACAUUUAGCCAACGAACGGUUGAAGUGGUAAAUUCAUUGACCGGAAAAACCGUAAACAAUAAAGUGUCACGACUUACGAAGCAAGUGUUUUUUACACGAUUUGCAAAUUUGAUAAAACAAUUGCCGAAUUUACGUGGUCCGCGUUCGAUUGCUGGUGAUUAUCGUGAAACAAAACAAACGGCACGCGAUUAUCAAAUCGCCAAACGUGAAUUGUUCGAUGCAUUUCGACGCGAAGAUCUGGGCAGUUGGUUGAAAAAACCAAUCGAACAGGAUAAUUUUGGUUUGCCCAAAUGACACGAUUUAGAUGUUGUUGACGAUGGUAUCGACACUGAUUUUAUUGGCGUUGAUAAAGAAUUUAUGUAUGCUCCACGAGCACAAAACUCAACCAAAAAUGUAAUGAUUCAAUCGACGAUUGGUAAAAAACAAUUAGAUACACGCAAGCAUUGUGAACGAUUCGACAAAGGCAACAAUAAAAUUGUUGACAAAACACCGCAAAUCCAUCGAAUUGGCAACAAACGAAAAACAAAUGCCGGUUUUGUUACUUUUAAAGAAUAGACAUUUGUAAAUUGGUCGUGGUUGAGUAAAAACUGCUUCACAAAGCAGCUACUUUGUUGACUUAAUAUUUAAUGGCAUCACAGCGAGCAAACAAAAAAUCUGUUUUAAGAUGAUCGAAACGAACAAACAUGGACACAUAGACACACACACACAUAUACACAACACAUGACUUUGUGAUUAGCGUACAUUUGUGACAGUUUUAUUACUCAUUCCAACGGCCUUUCUAAUUCCAUUCUGAAAAGUAUAUAAAAUCCACAAUCAAAAUCAAUAAUUUUAUUACGAUUGCUUUUGUCAAAACGAACGAACAAAUUUUUUUUCUUCUUCUUCUGUUUAAAAGAACAGACUCAUCAGCAUCGAAAUACGUAAUGAACAACAUUUGAGAUCAGUCGAAUGUGACAAGAUGUUUGACUAAAAAAAAGCAAAAACACAUUCAAACGAUUGAGAGAUUAUUGAUAAUUUCAAUCAAUACACUUAUAUUCAGAUUUUAACCCUUUAUAUUUGCAUAAGAAAACAGAAAUACAACACAAUCAGAUAUACAUAACAAAGACACAUACAAAGCAUGGUGUUGCUUCACAAAAUGUAUACGUAGCAAAAAAGAGUUCAAAGUAACCACCAAACAUUUUCUUUAUUUGUUCAUUUUCUACUCUUAAUAUGAAUUCAACUGUAAAAUGUAUCAUCAUUCACAAUCAUUUUCAUAAAAAUAAUUUUCAGUUGUAAGAUGCGCGCAUCUUACUAUUUCGAACACAUUUUAUUUCGAUCAACAUCACACCUUUUUUCGGUUCGAAUGUACAAAAAUGUAAUAAAAACUUAUAGGAUUUGUAUCAUUUACAGAUAUACGUAUAUUCUUUUUCUUCGAUAUUUUUAACAAUAGCUAUUAAUAAUUAAUAAUUUUUUUAACAAUUAAGAGAAUCAAGAGAAAACAAAUUUAUCAUUUUCUUUUGGGAAAAUAAGUCUGCUUUUAACACAUACACAAUUGUUUUGAUUGAUCAAAUAUUCCUGAACUAUCAUUCACUCAAUUGAUAUCAAUCAUUCUUCGUUUAUUCUUGAACUAAUAUCGAAAUCGCAGGUGCUUUGAAAUGACAAUUAUGGAAAAGGUCUUCAUCAUCAAAACCGAAAUGCUUUAAUUUAUGACACAUAUAAAGAAAACAGCAAACAUUUUCAAUUCAUUCACGCCGUGUUACAAUUCAAAAUGUUAGCCUUUAGCAAAACAGUAUUCCUUAUUAAAUAAAAUUACUUAACACUUGUUCAAAUGUUAAAAUAGUAGCAACACAAAAUGAAGAGAACACGAAAAAAAAUCAAUUGUCGACACAUAGAAUCGUUAAAUGCUAAUUAAUAUCGAUACGCUUAAUACUGGAAUCUCAUGAACAAUAAUUUCUUGAAGCCAAUAAAAUAGCGAUUCCAAUGAAGAAAAAUGAAUAACGCUACCUCCGAGCAGCUUUCACAUAUCCAAUCUAUCGCCAGUUUUAAACGAAAAAGGUUCAACGCAAAAAAAAAAACACAAACGCUCAAUUCGAACAAGCCGAUAAUCAAAGCGUUGCUUUUUUAUUUGCAAAAGAGUCCGAAUUUACUGUUGGCAACAAAUAUGGUGCAGAGACCGAACAUCUGAACAAAAAAAAAA